GUCACUUGCUUGGACUUUCCCAUGAUGACUCUAAAUUUUGUGAGGAGAACUUUGGCUCCAUGGAAGAUAAACGCCUGAUGUCCUCCAUUCUGACUAGCAUUGAUGCUUCAAAACCCUGGUCAAAAUGCACUUCAGCAACUAUAACAGAAUUCUUCGAUGAUGGUCAUGGUAACUGUCUACUGGACCAGCCAAGAAAGCAGAUCCUGGGCCCUGAGGAGCUCCCAGGACAAACCUACGAUGCCAUUCGUCAGUGCAAACUGGCGUUUGGAUCUGAAUACACAGUGUGCCCUGGUAUGGAUGUGUGCUCUCGCCUUUGGUGUGCAGUUGUGCGCCAAGGUCAGAUGGUAUGUCUGACUAAGAAGCUGCCUGCUGUGGAGGGAACACCAUGCGGAAAGGGGAGGAUCUGCCUCCAGGGAAAAUGUGUUGACAAAACCAAGAAGAAAUACUACUCAGCUUCAAGCCAUGGGAACUGGGGGUCCUGGGGACCUUGGGGACAGUGCUCCCGUACCUGUGGUGGAGGAGUUCAGUUUGCUUAUCGUCACUGCAAUAACCCAGCUCCUAGAAACAACGGUCGAUACUGCACCGGCAAGAGGGUCAUCUACCGCUCCUGCAACGUCGCACCCUGCCCAGCAAAUGCUAAAUCUUUUCGACAAGAGCAGUGUGAAGCAAGGAAUGGCUAUCAGUCUGAUGCAAAGGGUGUCAAGACAUUUGUUGAAUGGGUCCCCAAGUAUGCUGGAGUACUUCCUGGAGAUGUUUGCAAGCUCACCUGCCGAGCCAAAGGAACUGGCUAUUAUGUGGUAUUUUCUCAGAAGGUAACUGAUGGUACUGAAUGUCGACCAUACAGUAAUUCAGUCUGCGUCCGGGGAAAAUGCAUCCGAACUGGUUGUGAUGGCAUCAUCGGUUCAAAGCUCCAGUAUGACAAAUGCGGAGUGUGUGGAGGAGACAACUCCAGCUGCACAAAAAUCAUGGGAACCUUUACCAAAAAGAGCAAGGGCUACACAGAUAUAGUGAAAAUCCCAGAAGGGGCAACCCACAUCAAAGUUCGACAGUUCAAGACUAAGGACCAGAGCAGGUUCACUGCCUACCUGGCCCUGAAAAAGAAAAACGGUGAGUACCUUAUCAACGGAAAAUAUAUGAUCUCCACUUCGGAAACAAUCAUUGACAUCAACGGGACUGUCAUGAACUACAGCGGCUGGAGUCACAAAGAUGAUUUCUUGCACGCAAUGGGACACUCUGCCACGAAAGAGGUUCUUAUUGUGCAGAUACUUGCAACUGAUCCAACUCAACCAGUGGAUGUCCGCUAUAGUUUCUUUGUGCCAAAGAAGCAAGGGCAAAUGACUAACUCUGUCACCAGCAGUGGCAGCAGCAGCAGCAGCAGCAAAGUAACUCCACAGCUCUUGCAACCCCGCUGGGUUACGGGGCCGUGGCUUUCUUGUUCUCGAACAUGCGACACAGGAUGGCACACCAGGACUGUCCAGUGCAAAGAUGGGCAUGGAAAAUUAGCUAAAGGGUGUCUUCUCUCUCAGAGACCGUCAGCAUUUAAACAGUGCUUGUUGAAAAAGUGUUAA